AUGGAGAAUCUAACUAUCAUUACAGACUUCAUCCUGCUUGAUUUUCCAGAACUGCAUCAGCUGGAGUAUUCCAUGGGUGUCUUCCUCCUUGCAUCUUACCUGCUCACCUUAGCUGGGAACAUCACAAUCAUUUUCAUCAUCACUCACAACCAUCAACUACACACCCCCAUGUAUUUCUUCUUAUGGAACCUUUCCUGCUUAGAGAUCCUAAUUACAACCUCCGUAGUGCCGAAGGUGCUGGCAAGCCUGUUACUAGGUUUCAGAUCCAUUUCAUACCCAGCUUGCCUUUCCCAGUGCUAUUUCUUCUUCUUUUUGGGAAGCAGCGAGUUUGUCCUUUUAGCAGUCAUGUCGUAUGACCGUUAUGUGGCCAUUUGCAAUCCGCUAUGCUACGCAUCCAUUAUGAGUACUAAACUCUGCCUGUGGCUCGUUGUGGCAUCUUGUGCUGCUGGCUUUUUGGCUACCAUUCUCCCAACCAUCCUGGUUGCAGGUCUUCCCUUUUGUCAUGGCAAUGAAAUUGAUCACUUUUUCUGUGAUAGCCUGGCCUUGAUGAAACUGGCUUGCUCUGACACAAGCCUGGUGGAAUUGGUGAGUUUCUUCUCAUCCUCAGCCACUAUUCUGAGCUCUUUAAUUUUCACAGUAGUGUCUUACACUUACAUAAUCACAACCAUUCUCAAAAUUCAAUCUGCCUCUGGGAAACACAAGGCAUUCUCUACCUGCUCCUCCCACUUGAUCAUUGUCAUUCUUGGCUAUGGCAGUUGUAUCUUCAUGUAUGUACGGCCUUCAGGCAGCAACCCCUCAAUAAAUAAGAUGGUUUCUUUGAUCAAUACAGUGCUGACACCUGUGCUGAGCCCAUUCAUUUUCAGUUUGAGAAAUAAGCAGGUUAAAGAUGCUGUAAAAGCAGCUUUCAUUAGUUGGGCAGGCUACUUAAAAAGUAACCCAAAGUUGGGACAUGGGUUUUCAAAAAGAAAGCAAGAGAAUGGAAAAAAGGGCAGGAAUGAAUGUAAAGCAAAAUGUCUUUUUCCUUGCUAG